AUGGGUCUCUGCACAAGUAAAGAGGCCUCUGGGGAUGCGGAACAACGGAAGAAAAGCCAGAUGAUCGACCGGCGGUUAGAGGAAGACUCCAGGAGGUUACGGAGAGAAUGCAAGAUCCUUUUGCUCGGCUCCGGCGAGAGCGGCAAGUCGACCAUCGUUAAGCAGAUGAAGAUCAUCCAUCAGAAUGGGUAUUCUGUCGAAGAGUUGGCCUUAUAUCGUCUCACCGUUUACAAAAACCUUCUUGACUGCACUAAAGCUCUCAUCGGCGCCUACCGCCAGUUCUCCCUGGAACCCUCGAGCCAAAAGGUCCAGGACUAUAUCCAAUUCCUCACAGAAUACAGCGUCGACCCGGACCCAAACACCCCGCUUGAUGCGAAGAUCGGAGACGCCGUCACAUAUCUAUGGAAUGAUCCGUGUACUUCCACCGUGUUGGAGCAUCAGAAUGAGUUCUACCUCAUGGACUCGGCGCCAUACUUUUUUGAGGAAGCAAAGCGAAUAGCAUCCCCGGACUAUAUCCCCAACGUUUCCGAUGUGCUGCGGGCCAGAACCAAGACCACUGGUAUCUACGAGACGCGGUUUACAAUGGGUCAACUGAGCAUUCACAUGUUCGAUGUCGGUGGCCAGCGAAGCGAACGCAAGAAAUGGAUCCAUUGCUUCGAAAACGUUACCUCUAUCAUCUUCUGCGUCGCCCUGAGCGAGUAUGAUCAAGUAUUAUUAGAAGAAAGCAAUCAGAAUCGGAUGAUGGAGAGUCUCGUGCUUUUUGACUCAGUAGUCAAUUCACGGUGGUUUAUGCGCACCAGUAUCAUCCUCUUUCUGAACAAAGUGGAUCUCUUCCGACAGAAACUUCCCCGGUCCCCCCUGAGCAAUUACUUCCCAGAUUACUCCGGCGGCAACGAUGUCAACCGCGCAGCCAAGUACCUUCUCUGGAGGUUCAACCAAGUCAAUCGUGCACAUUUGAACCUCUACCCACACCUCACGCAAGCCACCGAUACCACAAAUAUCCGUUUGGUCUUCGCCGCCGUGAAGGAGACAAUCCUGCAGAACGCCCUAAAAGACUCGGGGAUUCUAUGA